AUGGAGAACACACCGCCCGAGAAGCGUCGACGACGGCCGCCCUUGGCUUGCAUCGCUUGCAGACGCCGCAAAGUGAGGUGCGAUCGCAAAUUGCCGUGUCAAAACUGCGUCCGCGCACGGAGGGCCGCCUCUUGUUCAUAUGUCUCUGAUGAGCGUAUUGAGCCGAGAGAGGGCACCGAAGGGUUUGAAGAUGGCAUCAACGGCCGACACCCGCAGCGUGACGCUUUGUCGAGUGUGCCCUUCUUCACUACCGCAGCCUCCCCAUCUAACAGCUCUCCGGACCAGCUUGCGGAAAGGGUCAGGCAGCUCGAGGAACAGCUCGGCCAGUUCGUCAACGCACGGAAUAGUAGUGCCCCUGCCCGGUCCGAGGUCCCCAAAGCAUACCUUAACAAUGCGAAUUUCAACCCUCCGACCGCAUCCAGAUUCCUGGGACCGGAGCACUGGCAGGUUCAGGGCUCAGGCACUGCAGAUACUAGCUUGCCAAGAGCGAGACACUCAAGAGAGGCUCAGGGGCCGAAUCAAGAGAGAGGCGGCCCGAACACUGAAGAGAACCAUCCCACGAGUGGCAACGUCAACGCCAUCCUCUCGAAGUCCAGGUACUUGGGAAAUAGUCACUGGAUACAUGGGGUGACGCUUUUUCCACGGCUUAUGUUGUUCCUUGAGUCCUUAAAGUCAGACAAGAGUUCAGAAGGCUACAAGGCAGUUGCCCAGAGCAAGACCCUAGGGCGCCAGAUUAAAGCGUUGCGAGUGCCUCAAAUAAUGUCCUUGGAGUUUGGGAACCACAUACCAUCCAAGCAGCUCGCCGACGAGUUGGUGGAAGCGUACCUACGGACCUACGAGACUAUCCAUCGGGUCCUGCACAUCCCAUCUUUCAGGCUCGAGUACGCACGGUACUGGCAGAACCCAAAAGGGGCGAGGCAGGCAUUUGUGAUCCAGCUCCAGCUCUGUAUGGCCAUAGGUGCGGUACUGCACGAUGACCACUUCUCUCUCCGGAGUUUGGCGGUACGAUGGGUCUACGAAGCUCGCUUCUGGCUGUUCCAGCCCUCGGAGAGGUCAAGGAUGAACCUUUCAGGUCUGCAAAUAUGUUGCCUCAUCCAUCUAGCCCGUGAUGUUUGUGGAGUUGGAUCAGAUCUGGUUUGGGCAUCCGCUGGCUCGUUGAUGAGGAUGGCGUUGUAUAUCGGCCUCCAUCGGGACCCAGAUAAUCUCCCCAAAAUGUCACUCCUUGCAGCCGAGACACGCCGUCGAGUAUGGGCCGCGAUACUGGAGAUUUUGGUACAGUCAAGCAUGGACUCAGGAGGGCCGCCGCUGAUAUCACCAUUUGACUACGAUACAAAACUGCCAGGCAACUAUAAUGACGAGGAUCUCCUAGCCGAAGUGCCACAACCUAAGCCCCUGACCACCUUCACCGACACGUCAAUCCAGAUCGGGCUGGUCAGGACGAUCAAGGUGCGCAUCGAAAUCGCAGCAUAUCUCAACGAGUUCCGCUCUGUGACGAGCUACGACAAGUCCCUAGCUAUCAACUCCGAGCUCACGGCGGCGUCCCGAUCGCUGGAUGCAUUGCUGCGUGCGCACAAAAACCAAAACCCUGGCCCCUCUUCAUUCCAACUUCGGACAGUCGAACAUAUAAUGCAGAGGUACUUCCUGGCCAUCCACCUGCCCUGGCUCGGCCUUGCAAAGGAUGAUCCGCGUUACUUCUACAGCAGGAGGCUCUGUGUCGAGGCCGGUCUGAGGCACCACAGAGUGGUUAGGGCUCAUAAGUCCAUCGACCCAGCAGAUAGGGCUUUCCAGGAACCGGACGACUUUCGGCGGCUACUUAUCUGUGGCUCAGGAUCGGUGCGGUUUAUCGGCACGCAGUGUCUCCUGGCGGCCACACUUGAGUUCGUAUGGGAACUGGAUGAGCGCCUCGAAGGUGCACGAAGUCUGGAUCUUUGCACCACGGCGACAACCUCAACAACAUCGGCAGCUGGCACGCCGGGAGCGGGACUAGGUUUCAUGGGCCCAAUGGUUGAUGAGAGCGAGAUGCUUGACGUGCUUCGAUAUACGGUGGAGUGGAUGAGAGCACGCAUCAAGGCUGGCGAGGUGAACGUCAAGGGUUUUCUGUUCGCAACGGCGGUGCUUGCUGAAGCCGAAGGGCUCACGAAAGAUCCAAGCGAGGAACAGCUCAAGGACAUCGUACGAGAAGCUUGUUUGAAAUCGGCAAGGGAGGCGCUCGACCUUCUUAAAGAGAUGCAUGCCGCGCUGAGCGGUGGCAAUCCCAUGUCCAGCGUAGGAGAGGCCGAUGCAGGCUCGUCGAUGGACACAGGGGACCAUGGGCCACAAGUCUCUGCCGCCGUCGAAGAUGCCUUCUCUGGCAUGGGUGAUUUUGAGCAACUGAGCAGGGAGUGGGACUGGGAUUGUCAGGCGUCCGUCUAG